AUGGCGGACGCAAGUCCGACUUCCCUACCGGGCCCAGAGCUCUUUCGGGCUCCUCCUGAAAAGCUCCAAGGCAUGGCUGAGAAGGAGCCCGAAGACGGCGAGGACGAGGAGCUCCUGAAGCCCCUGAAAGCGGCCCCGAAGCUCGGGCGCAUCACCUUCAACAUGCAGGGAGCGCAGAAAGCCUUAGCGGCCGCCCGCACCAAAGUGCAGGUGCAAAGUGCGGUGGAAGCUGCAAAGGCGAAGCGCUUAAAUGUGAGAGAUGCCUCCACGCAGACCGUCCGAGAUCCGGAGCGGCAGGAUGGUGGCUUCGAGACCAUCUGGCGCCUCCGGCCGCGAGGGAUGGAGUCCUUCCCUCACUUCGCAAAGCCCAAGAAGGCGAAGAAGAGAGGCAAAGACGCCGAGGCUGUGGUGCUGCAGGACGUGGAGGAUACGCCAGCAGUGGAUCCGCGAGAUCCCAGCGAAAGGAAGAGGGCCCGAAUUGAGGAGCCCGGUCGGCUGGCGGAGGAAGCGCCGCAAGUCGAGGAGAUCGGCGAGGGGCCCGCCGUCGAUCCUCGAGAGCCAGUCGAAAGGACGGUGGCCCUGGCCGACGCGCCCGCGGCCGAGGAGGGGAAGCCGGAGGCUCCCGAGGCGCAGGCUGCGCCUGGUCUCGACGCAAGCAUCCGGGAAGUGCAGGCACCGGAGGCCCCAGAGCCUGCGGUGAUGAACGCACAGGUGCUAGAUGAUGAUGAUGAUGCCGAGCUCAGCGGAGGUGAAGCACAAUGUGACCCAUAUCUGGCGUUUGAUGAUGAUGAAGAGCUUCUGCCAGAGACGGGUGACGUGACCGCAGCUUGUCAUCUUCGGCCGCAGAAGGUGCCUUCGAUGGCGCGGUUUCUCUGGGUCGGCGUCCUUACGUGGACGCUAGCGCCGCCCGCGCGUGCCCUCGCGCCCCUCCAGGCCAAUCUCGAAGGCUUGCAAGAGAAGGCCGGUGCGGAUCCCUUCAUCACCUACUACCCAGAUGAGCCGCAGCACACGGCGCACUACUGCACCCCACUUGAGGCGCCCGAGAACAAGAAGUGCACUGCCCAGGUGAAGUGGGCAUUCUCGCAGACGAACUCAACUUCGAAGAAGGCAAAGGAUUUCUUGGACGAGGUGCGCUUCAGCAUGAGGAAGUAUGGGAACGUGGCGCCCGAGAAUGCCACCUUGGACGACUUCCAGAAGCUCUACUGGUGCGCGCCUCCGAAAGGCAACCUGUCACAGGAGUGUGGGGCGCCUCCUUGCAACUGCACCUAUCCGCCAUGCCACAUGUGCCUUUUCCCGGAGCGACCGCGAAAUUGCACGGCAGAGUCCAAGGACAUUCGGUGCAAGCCGCCGAAGAAGGCCAUGGACUACAACGGCAUGCAGUGGCCCCUCGUCAAGAUCGCUACGCCGCCUCCAUACCACAUCUUCGCCAUCGGUGACUGGGGUGGCAUGGACACCAUGCUCAAGCCUGUCGAGGGCCGUGACCCGCUGAUGCCCUGGUGGGGGUAUGGACUGCCAAAGCCAGGCCCCACGCCCUUCCCGCGGACUCGCUGGAACAAGAACCACGACUUCAUGAUGUGCAAUCAUGAGCAGUUUCUGAACUGCUACAAGACAUGGGGGACGUGGGGCUGUCCUGCCGGCUGUGGCUUUGACAAGCAGGUUGACACGCAGCCGCAGCAGUUGGUUGCGAAGGUGUUGAAGAAGCGAGCAGAGCUAAAGCACCCAGUGGCCAUUUUGAAUGUGGGCGACAACUUCUACUGGGGAGGCAUCGAGAAGACUUGCGGACACCCCAUGGAUGAGCUCUCGUACACCGCGGCGCACCAGUUCGACCAAAUCUUCGAGAGCGUUUACAAUGGUCCGGGAAUCGACGGCGUUCCAUGGAUCAGCUGCCUGGGCAACCACGACUGGGGAGGCCGCCGCUUCAACAACGGCUGGGAUCAGCAGUUUGCCUACACGUGGAAGAGCAACCGUUGGAUCUUGCCGGCGGCGUACUACACCCUCAAGAUGUACUUCGAGAUAGGAAACUUCUGGAUGGACAUCUACGUUUUGGACUCCAACAACGAAGAUGGCAAGGACCAGUGGCAGGAGCCUAGCCACAACAUCUGCGGCAAUCAGCACAACCCUUGGGGCGCCUCCUGUGCCAGUGCGGGUGGCCCCUUCGAUGUCAACUCUUGCCACCAGUGGUUCUGGGACCUCUGGGGCAAGCAGUCGGGCUGGUUGGCCUCGCUGCUUGCGCAGUCGACGGCGCAGUGGCAAGUGGCCGUAACACACUUCCCUUGCGGAACCCAGAAGAAUUUCUGGAUGGACAUGCACAACCGUCUCGGCCUCGACUUGCUUGUGACCGGCCACCGCCACGAUCAGGAACUCUGGGAGCCCGGAUGGCUCGGCGGCCUCACUUGCUUCAUCACCGGGGGAGGUGGCGGGAUCUCCUCCGAAGGGACGCCCAACCCUUACUGGAAGAACGACUGGUACGGGGAGGCCCAGUACGGCUUCUACGACCUAUUGGUGUCCUUCCAGAACAUUGUCAUCACGUCCGUCGACUGGAUGCUUGGCCCAGCUGCUGAGCUUCUUAUCAACAUGGAGGAACUGCCUAGCGAUCCCGUUUUAGAAAUCGAGUUUCCUGUUGCCAAGGCAGCCAAGGUUAUCUCGCAAAGGGCCCUUCCAGCUCAGUAUGCCCGCGCUUUCUCGGCCCAGCCGGAGGCGUUCAAGGCCGCCUACGAAGCCCACGUGGCUGAGCGAGCCGCCCAAGGCGGCCUGCCACCCUUGGCUCUGGACCAGAGCCAGGCUGAAUCUGUGGUCGAGAUGUUGAAGAAGGCUCCUGCCGAUGGCUCUUUUUACGUUGACCUCCUGCGCAACCGUGUGAACCCGGGAGUCGAUGACUCCAGCUAUGUGAAGGCAAACUUCCUCCGCCUUGGACCAAGUGACAUCAUCCACGGCAAAGUCUCGACGCCGUUGGUGUCGAAGGCGGAUGCAGUAGAGAUGCUCGGAUGGAUGCAGGGAGGGUACAACGUCGCCCCACUGGUCGAGGCGCUGGACCUCGACCAGGAACUUGCCGCCGGGGCCGUCUCAGGCCUCAGCCGCAUGAUCUUGAUGUUCGACGCUUACCAUGACGUGGAGGACAAGAUGAAGAAGGGAAAUCCUUUUGCCAAGCAGGUGAUCGAAUCCUGGGCAAGCGCUGAGUGGUUCACGAGUCGCCCCACCGUUCCUGAAAAGGUGACUCUGUGCGUGUUUAAAGUAACCGGCGAGACGAACACCGACGACCUUUCGCCGGCCCCGGAUGCCUGGUCUCGCCCAGACAUCCCGCUGCACGCCCUGGCGAUGCUGAAGUUUCCUCGUGACGGCAUCACCAAUGCCGCGCAGCAGAUCGCAGACCUGAAAACGAAAGGCCACCAGCUCGCCUACGUCGGAGACGUUGUGGGCACGGGCUCUUCACGUAAGUCGGCCACAAACUCGAUCCUGUGGUACAUGGGCCAAGACAUCCCUUGCGCCCCGAACAAGCGCACCGGCGGCUUCGUGAUCGGCGGAGUGAUUGCGCCCAUCUUUUUCAACACCAUGGAGGACUCUGGUGCACUGCCUUUGGAGAUGGAUGUCAAAGACAUGAAUAUGGGCGACCUCAUCGAUCUGUGCGUCUAUGAGCAAGUCAUCAAGAAGCACGGCACCGACGAGGUCCUCACUAAGUUCGACCUCAAGCACGGCUUGAUGCUGGACCAGGUCCAGGCGGGUGGCCGCAUCCCUUUGAUCAUCGGCCGUGGACUCACCAACAAGGCCCGCGAGAGCUUGAACCUGGGCAUGUCUACCACCUUCAAGCAGAUGGCCCAGCCAGAUGUCAACGUGAAGGGCUUCACGUUGGCUCAGAAGAUGGUGGGCAAGGCCGCAGAAGGGCUCAUCUUGUCGGCCUGUGGCGUUGAGGGCGUGGUGCCGGGAGCCUACUGCGAGCCCCGCAUGGGAACUGUGGGCUCCCAGGACACCACUGGGCCCAUGACUCGCGAUGAGCUGAAGGACUUGGCCUGCCUGGGAUUCCAGGCGGACCUCGUGAUGCAGUCUUUCUGCCACACCGCCGCCUACCCCAAGCCCGUGGAUGUGAUCACGCACCGCACCCUGCCGAAGUUCAUCGCGGACCGCGGCGGUGUUGCCCUGCGCCCGGGCGAUGGCAUCAUCCAUUCCUGGCUCAACCGAAUGCUGCUCCCCGAUGAGGUCGGGACAGGCGGAGACUCGCACACUCGCUUCUUGGAUGCCGUUUAG